AUGUCUAAAAAAAGACAGUUGCAUCGAAAAGAAGCCAUUGGAGUUCUGUCAUUGUCAAAAUAUUUAAUUUUGUUAUAGUCUUUGUAAAUUGCCAUAAAUACGUGUAAUUAUGUGUGCUAUUAUGCAGUAUUGUGAUCUUUGAUUUACACUUGAAGUAUCUUGUGAAAGUUCGAUAUUUCUGAACUGUGAAGAGUGAUUCGUAAGCGACCUUCAAGUCGAAAGGUCUAUUUUGUUUAGGACGCUAUUUGCCUGAUCGCAGUGUUUAUAAACACCAACUCCUAAGCGCUUGUUUGUUAUUGUUGGAAGAACUUUUGCAUAUCGGGCUUAGUUUGUAAUGUGCACUAUCGACACCAUUGAAGGAGAAGUGUAUAGAGAAAUAUCGCUAAUGAUUCCUUCUUUUAACCUCGUACAUUCAAGGCGAAAAGGGGUUUUUCGACAUCCAAAUAGAAUGUUCAGAAACUUUUCAGCCAUAAAUUAUCAAACACGUUUACGCAGUAUAAGUUAUUAAUUUUGACACGACGUUUUUCGACAAAGUUAACAACUUUUGGCUUAACACAAGCUUUAAUUCUUAUGCUGAUUGACCAUUAAUAUUAGUUGGUGGUCCUGUGAAAGCUAGAAACAGCGUUGAUUAUUUGACUACUUUAUUAAAAAUACGAUAUUUGAGAAUGAAGCUCUUGGAAAGUACACGCUUUGAAGCUAUUAACAGUGCACUCUCUAUAAAAACAGGCGACAGUAAAAUAUUUGGAAGAAUUGAAAGCUACUCCUGUAAAAUGGCUGGUAAUGAUAAACAGCUUUAUAAACGGUUUAAUUCUGAACAAGGGGUAACACCACAUGAUCUUCAAGCAUUAUCACCACCACAAACAGCCUUGGGGCUUUCACCUGGAAGGUGUCAGUACAGUAGGAGUAUUUCUGGUGAUGAGGAUGGCCCGCUGUGUGACACCAUCAGCCGCAAGACAUUAUUCUACCUCAUUGCCACACUUAAUGCAGCAUUUCACCCUGACUAUGACUUUUCUGAUGCAAAAAGUCAUGAGUUCAGUAAAGAGCCCAGUCUGCAGUGGGUGAUGAACACUGUGGACAGCAACUUGAGUGCCACAGCUGGUGAACAGUAUCGUGCAAUGCGAGCCCAACUCUGGGCUGCUGUUGAUGAUGAAAUCUCUAUGAAUGAUUGUGACAUCUAUAGUUACAAUCCUGAUCUUGCAUCAGAUCCAUUUGGUGAAGAUGGGUGCCUUUGGUCCUUUAAUUAUUUCUUUUAUAAUAAGAAGAUGAAACGUAUAGUAUUUUUCACUUGCAGAGCUAUUAAAGAAAUGUAUCUUGCACAGGGGCCCUAAUAAGCAAGUGCACUAUGGUGAACAAUGAAUGGCCUGAGGGAAACCAGUGAUAAAGAGUGGUGUAAAAGGAGGAUUAAAGGCAGGCUGUCACAAAACGCACAACACAUGCUUCCGCUCACUUCCUCUGCCCACAGUCUUGAUAAGGGUCUUACAUGAAAUGUCCCCUGUAGAACCUUCUUAGAAAACUCCCCUUUUAAUGGUCUCCAUCUGCAUUGGCUGCUGCCUCUUCAUUUAUAUUGUCUUUCCCAUUGACCAUGUCUGCUGACCCUUUUUCCUUUGUCACACACUCUCCUUUUACCAUUCUUAGCUUUACUGCUGUAGAUUUAUUCUUUUCUUUUUACUAGUUACCACUGUUCCUCAGCUCUCAUUAUGGCCUCCAUAUGAGAGAGUCGUCGCACAUGCAAGACUCUCAAGGCCACCUAUCUUUUCACCCCAUUCCUAUUGACUCUUCUUCCAAUUUAAAUGCCUCACAUCCUCAUCCUGACACAUUUCAGUCCUGAAGAUGGAGGUGAUAAGUUUCUAUGAAGCACUACAAAACUACAUGUCACAACUCAGAAGACCACAAUUGAUAUCUUCACCACAUCGACGACCUCAAAUGUUUGACAUGUAUAAAUUGCAAAUCAUAUACAAUUAUAUGAUUUCAUUUCAAAAUUACUGCCAUUUGGAGUAGCUCAAGAAUUUUGGGAGCAUCCCAGAUGAUUAUCCAGUUGGGGUAGUAACAUUAUUUAAUUUCAUGUUUGUUUAUUUGUACAGAUAAUAUAAUAAAUUGCUGACAGAUAAUAUAUAAUGGGUUUUUUUAUAUAUUAACCAGCCCUAUCUAUCCACUGGAAUCUGGAUUCAGUAGUGACUUUGCUAUGGAUGAAGAUGAAGAUGAGACCUAUUAAAACACAUCUGUAAGUAGACCAGCAAUCACUGCAAAAUAUUGAUCAUGUUACAGUAGAAUGUUUUUGGACUGCAAGACACAGCUUGAGGUGAUAUAAAAGAACAUUGAAACAAAGUAGCUGAAAGACCAUUUGAUCUUCAUACAACUAAGAAUGUGAUUUGGUGAUAAGCAGGAGGCUUUUUCUUUUCUUUUCUUUUCAGGAACAUCAGAAAACAGCUGUAGCUAUAAUGUGUGAAACAUUAAUAUUUGAACCUGGGAAGAAGGGAAUAAAAAACAAUGUUACUGAAGCUAGAAAAGCAGCUCUACUUUUGAUGUUACAACUAGUUUUCCUAUACAAAAGUGCAAAGCUGCUCUGCAUUAUAUGUUCAAAAUGUAUUUUUUAGUCUUACAAACCUCAUUCAUAUUAAUGUUCAACACCUGUUGUUGGAAAGCUAAUCACAUUUCUGAAAGUAUUUUUCCUUAUAUUUCAUUAAAAAUUCAGAAUUUGUAGACCUUAAUGAGUUAUGCCCUUUAUGUUUUCAACAUACACCAAUGUUUUGAGCUGUAAGCAGUUUUGAGAAACAAAACCCAUAAAUACAAAAGAAGAGUUACUGAUUGUUAAAGCAAGUGGGACACACAGUUACUACUGCACUUUAAAAGGUUAAAUCUACAGACACACACUUCUGAUCAUGUGUUCAUUUCAUGCAAUUUGUGCAAAGAACGCAUAAAAUUUAUAGUCAGAGAUGUUUUACAUGGCAGUAUUGUACAUUUUAGAAUGUGGUACCAUCAGUGAUUUAAGACUAGAUAAAGCCAUAUUAUGUACUGACAAUUAAAACAUAUUUGUCUUAAAUUUUAUCCAUUGUGCCCUGAAAGUCAUGUAACCUGAAUUUUAAAGGUUCAAAUUUUAUUAGUAUGAUGGAAAUUUAAAUUUUCCAUGCCCAGUGACAACAUUGGAUGCUUGUCAUUCUGAUAAGCUGGUUUGUUGCUGUUUCUUCAUAUCUGUUGAGCUUUAGCCAGUUGCUUGUGUAACAGGCAUGCCAUUUUCAACAGUGUAGCAUGUUUAUUUAAAAUUAAUUUCAGACAGUCAUAUGAAGCAGUUAAACAGGCAUAUCAGGUUCACUUUCCUGAUGCUACUCUACCACAUAAGUCAACAUUUUUCAACUUGUUAAGUCAUGUUCAUGAAACUGGAUCUUCUAAUGAUCAACAGAUUAUGCCUACAACAGGGUG